AUGGCUGGCGAUUUCAACAGCCAACUGAAGAUGCCAGAUCUCAGGGCCCCAUACGGCAUGGCUCCCGAUUUCAACAGCCAACCGAAGAUCCCAGAUCUCAGGCCCCCAUACGGCAUGGCUCAUGAUUUCAACAGCCAACUGAAGAUCCCAGAUUUCAGGCCCACAUUUAACAUGGAUCUCAGGCUCCCAUUUAACAUGGCUCCUCCAAAUAAACGUGAAAUGCUGAUGCUGCUGACUACAAAAUAUGAGAAUUCGGCCAAGGUUAAUGAAAACGCACUCAAAGCAAAAAACAACGUGGGCAGACAACAAGCAAAAGAAGUUCCUCCUAACAAUGUGUUUGAGAAGUGCAUAAUAUACGAUGUUAUAGAUGCAAAUGAGAAAGGGUUUACAGUUGCAGAUGCUGAUGUAUCUGAUGAUAUUAAAAGAACACUUCAAGUGGCCAUGGUUUUUGCCCUUAGAAGACCAGAACUAUUCGAAGAUGGGCUUGUGAAUCCUUGGAACCGUAUAUUGCUUUCAGGGCCUUUUGGUACACAAAAAAAAAUGCUGGCAAAGGCAAUGGCAAAUGAAGCUAGAGCAAGUUUCAUUCUUGUCUCAAUGUCUACCAUCACUCCAACAUAUUUUAACCAAAGGAAUCUCCGAUCUCUGUUUACUUUAGCAGCAAAGGUUGGCCCAACUAUUAUUUUUCUUGAUGAGAGCACGAUUCAAAAUGAAUUCAUGGUCUACUGGGAUGAGCUAUUGACGCUAUCUGGUGCGCAAACUAUGGUUAUUGCUUCAACAAAAAGUCCAUUUGACCUUGAUCAAGCAAUUAUAGAUCGGUUUCAACUCAGGAUCAUGGUUGGUCCUUCAUCUGCCAAGAGAAAACAAGAAAAUUUAGACUUCAAAGAGCUGCCUUCAACCAUGACACAAAGAUAUGGGGGAAUUCAUUUUAAGGAAAAGAAGAAAACGGAGGCAGAAGUUCGAAGGUCAGAAAAUGCUUCAAGUGCUAUACAAAAGAUAAAAGAAGACCAAGUGUAUAAUAGCCCUAACUCAAUUAAUAGCAAAUUACAUGUAGCUGCAGGUAUUGAUACAAGGAUCAACUAUGGAAGAGCUGGAGCAGUGGAAUGA